AUGAAGAAAAGGAGAAAGGUUACUGCAAAUUUUGACGAGAAAAUCCAUCUAGGCUAUCAUAAAGACUCUUCUGAUGGAAAUAGUGCAGCGGAUAGUGACCAGGUGACCUUUAGUCAUUCUAUAGAAGGAUCUGCUCCUGAAGAUCUUCAGUGUUAUCAGCAACUUCCUCCAUCACCAGAUCAGAGAAAGCUUCUGAGUUCUUUGCAGUAUAAUAAGAAUUUGCUGAAAUAUUUAAAUGAUGAUAGACAGAAGCAACCAUCUUUUUGUGACUUACUCAUAAUUGUAGAAGGAAAGGAAUUCAGUGCACACAAAGUUGUUGUUGCUGUUGGCAGUAGUUAUUUUCAUGCUUGUUUGAGCAAAAAUCCAAGCACAGAUGUUGUCACUCUGGAUCAUGUAACACAUUCUGUUUUUCAGCAUUUGCUUGAAUUUCUCUACACAUCAGAAUUUUUUGUGUAUAAAAAUGAGAUACCUCUAGUUUUAGAGGCUGCAAAGUUUCUGGACAUUAUAGAUGCAGUUAAACUGCUAAAUAAUGAAAAUAAUUCUAACUUUCCUUCUGAAAUAACUGAAAAGGCAUCACCAGCAGAAACUCUAAGUGAAUUGGCUGGCAGAUUAUCUAAUAGUCAUCAGUGCAAAUUCUGCAGUAGAAAUUUUUGUUAUAAGAAAUCUUUAGAGAAUCAUUUGACCAAAACGCAUAGAUCCCUAUUAAUAGGGAAAAAACAUGGGUUAAAAAUGCUGGAAAGAGGUUUUUCAGCAAGAAGAUCAACAAGGAAUAGAAAGUGCCCUGUAAAGUUUGAUGAGGACAGUGAUAAUGAAAAUGAAAGUGAUGAAAUAGACAAUUUUGAUAAAGACAAUUUGGAUAAGGUCACUUUUGAUACAGAAAAGUCAGAUAAAAAUGAUUCUGAGGAUGCUGGAAGUGAGUACAAUGCAGAUGCAGAAGCACAGGAGGAAGAGAUGUCAGAUGAUUACUCUGAGGGGGAAGAGCAAAGUGACAAAGAACAUAAUACAGAAGAGGAUCCUGAAACUGCUGAUUCUGCAGGAAAUAUUCAUGAAGGGUUAACUCCAGUGGUCAUUCAGAACAGUAACAAAAAAAUACUGCAGUGUCCUAAGUGUGAUAAAACGUUUGACCGAAUAGGAAAGUAUGAAAGUCACACUCGUGUUCACACAGGUGAAAAGCCUUUUGAGUGUGACAUUUGUCAUCAGCGAUAUUCAACAAAAUCUAACCUAACUGUUCACAGAAAGAAGCACAGUAAUGAAACAGAAUUUCAUAAAAAGGAACAUAAAUGCCCAUAUUGUAAUAAACUUCAUGCAAGCAAGAAAACUCUAGCCAAACAUGUUAAAAGAUUCCAUCCUGAGAAUGCACAAGAAUUUAUUUCCAUCAAGAAGACUAAGAGCGAAAGUUGGAAAUGUGAUAUUUGUAAGAAGUCAUUUACUCGAAGACCACACUUGGAGGAACAUAUGAUUCUUCAUUCUCAAGACAAACCCUUUAAGUGCACCUAUUGUGAAGAGCAUUUCAAAUCACGAUUUGCGAGGCUAAAACACCAAGAAAAGUUCCACCUGGGUCCAUUUCCAUGUGAUAUCUGUGGUCGCCAGUUCAAUGACACUGGAAAUUUGAAACGACACAUAGAAUGUACUCAUGGUGGAAAGAGAAAAUGGACUUGUUUCAUCUGUGGAAAAUCAGUAAGAGAAAGAACUACCUUAAAAGAACAUCUGAGGAUCCAUAGUGGAGAAAAACCUCAUCUCUGUAGUAUUUGUGGACAGAGUUUUCGCCAUGGGAGCUCAUAUAGUGAUGUUUCAGUGUUAUUAUUGAAAGGACCUCUUGGUGACCUGCCAGUUGGAAGGGGAAAUAAAAGUGAAAAACCCUACAAAUGUCAAAUUUGCAAUCAGUCUUUUAGAAUUAAGAAAACUUUAACAAAACAUAUGGUUAUUCAUUCUGAUGCUCGACCCUUCAACUGUCAGCAUUGUAAUGCCACAUUUAAACGGAAGGACAAGUUGAAAUACCACAUUGACCAUGUGCAUGGGAUAAAAUCUCCAGAUGAACCACUAACUUCUUCUGAGGAGAAACUUGUAUCCUUACCAAUGGAGUACACUCCUGAUGGGAAAGGUUACCAAACAGAAACUAAACAGUAUAUGGACCAGCCCAAAUAUCAAUCAGAAUCUAAAACAAUGUUACCAAAUGUUCCUAAUGAAGUCUGUGUUCCAGUAACAUUGGUUCCAGUCCAGAUGCCAGAUACUCAGAAUGAUCUGGUGCGCCAUACCACUGCACUUCCACCACCCUCCCAGAGCAUCCUUUCUACACAGCCACAACCAACAGAUUAUCCACGAACAACAGAUUUGGCAUUUCUGGAAAAAUAUACUCUCACUCCUCAGCCUACAAACAUAGUUCAUCCAGUUCGACCUGAACAAAUGCUCGACCCUAGAGAUCAGUCUUACCUUGGAACAUUACUAGGUCUUGAUAACACUACAUCUGUGCAAAAUAUUGCUAAUAAUGAGCCUCACUCAUGAUCAGACCUAACA